CCCUCAGUGCGAGCUCCGGCAGCGCCAGAGCGGCACCGCAGCGCUCCGCAGGCUUCAGCCCGUCCGCCCCUCGGAAUCGCGCUUUCCGCCCGCCUGGCAGCAUGAAAGCCUUCAGCCCUGUGCGGUCCGUCAGGAAAACCGGCCUCUCGGAGCACAACCUGGGCAUCUCUCGGAGCAAGACCCCCGUGGAUGACCCCAUGAGCCUGCUGUACAACAUGAACGACUGCUACUCCAAGCUGAAGGAGCUGGUGCCCAGCAUCCCGCAGAACAAGAAAGUGAGCAAGAUGGAAAUCUUGCAGCACGUCAUCGACUACAUCCUGGACCUGCAGAUCGCCUUGGACUCGCACCCCAGCAUCGUCAGCCUGCACCACCAGAGACCCGGGCAGAACCCUUCCUCCAGAACUCCUCUGACCACCCUCAACACAGACAUCAGCAUCCUCUCGCUACAGGCGUCCGAGUUCCCCUCAGAGCUCAUGUCAAGCGAAAGCAAAGCACUUUGUGGCUAAAUCUAACGGUGUUCCACUGAUGAGAUUUUUUUUUUUUUUUUUGCACAAGAAAAUGUCUACAGGAUUUUUUUUUUUUUUGAGGUGCUGAAUUUAUUUUUCAGCUGUAUAUCUGGAGGGGGAAAUCCACGUUCAAGUAAAAGGACCUUUAAAAUUAAUAAAGAAGAAAAAAUCAAGAUUGAUCUUUAUUCCCCACCCCAUUUUUCAACUUGGACUGAACCUAGUUAUUUAUGAAGAGACUCUUAAAUACCCUUUCCCUAGUUGGAAGGCUUCCUUUAUAUACUAUUCCCAACGUGGGGAGCGAAACAAAAAUCUCACAAGGAGUUGCCCAUUUUAAAGCAGACUUUGCCUUUUUUUCCAAAGGUGGAGCGUGAGUACCAGAAGGAUCCAGUGUUCAGUUUUUUAGGAAAGUCUGUGGUCAGAAAUUACCUUUUUGACACAAACCUAGGACUGAAUGCUGUGUAUAUAUUUAUAUAUAAAUAUAUAUAUGAGUGAAACCUUGUGAACUCUUUAAUUAGAGUUUUCUUGUAUAGUCGCAGAAAUAUACAUUUCUGCAAAAAGUGUAAUGAUGUACCUAAUCAUGCUAAACUUUUUAUAAAAGUUUAGUUGUAAACUUAACCCUUUUUAUACAAAAUAAAUCAAGUGUGUUUAUUGAA